GAUGGUUGAUCAAUAGAAUGGAGUGCAUAUUGUUCGUGGAUUUUUAUGAAUUUUUAAAAUGGCACAUUAAAGACCGUUUAUUAAAAUUAAACCUUUGUAGAAAAGAACAGUUGGUCUCAACUUGGAUGAAUAACAAGUUUAAGGAAAGAGAUUGGCAAGCAAGGAUAAAAUGGUUGUUUUUCAGAAUAGGCAUUGGUAUCCAGUAAUGUUUCCCAUGGGUGAGUGCAAGGAUCCCCACAAAGCAAGAAUUUACCUUCUUAAAUAGUCCAAAAUGGUCUGCUACAUCGAGGGUCAUAGGGUUGUCAACCUCGCUAAUGAACUCUUUGGAUAUAAUGGUUGGUCCCAUUCCAUCACACAACAAAAUGUUGAUUUUGUGGAUCUCAUUAAUGGCAAAUUUUAUGUGGGCGUCAGUGCGUUUAUAAAGGUCCAACUCAAGGAUGGGUGUUUCCAUGAAGAUGUUGGUUAUGGAGUGAGUGAAGGACUGAAAUCCAAGGCAAUGUCCCUGGAGAAGGCCAGGAAGGAGGCGGUUACUGAUGGACUGAAGCGAUCUUUGAGAUCUUUUGGCAAUGCCUUGGGUAAUUGUAUUCUGGAUAAGGAGUACCUGCGAAUGGUUAAUAAACUACCAAAGCAGCAAACAGAUUUUCAGUUGGCUGAUGCUAAAAGAAAGGAUGAUGAACCCAUGGUUCGGAAAGCCAGGUAUAGCAGCUUAUUACAGGUUCAGCUCCAACCUCUGCCUCCUCCUGAUUCAUGUCCGCCGAACGAAGACAAUGAAGGAGAAAUUACAGACAGGAAAGAUGAAGUGGCAAGAGGAAAUUGCAGCCUUUCCCGCAACACAGAUUGCAGCACUGAUCUGGAUCCCACACACCAACGGAAACUUCGACAGAAGCAACUCCAACAACAGUUCAAAGAACAGAUGGCAAAGAAACUACAACCACAGCCACACGAAACUGGUAGUUGUAGUGAAGCACAAGCAACCAAUUACCCAGUGACAACCGCACAGUCAAAAUUGGCAUCAAUGGUUAAUCACAGCACACCUGUCAACCAUGAAGCUGAUUUUUUUCAGGAUAAGCUCUUGGCUGAUGAUCCUGAACUCUGGGAUAUUCCUCUGGAUGGUACCAGUUUUGAGAGUAAUCCAAAUGCCCCUCGGCAGGAACAAACUCCAUCUACACCUGUUAGAGACCAACAUCAGAUGAUGACAAGGAGCAGAACUCCACAAAAGAUAAUUCUCUCAAAACAACCACACAAUGCCUAUCAAAACCGAACAGUAGAAUCCAGUCCUUGCCGAAUGGGGCAAUUCAUGAAGAAACGCAGAUUGGAACCUGCCUGAAAAGAUCAAUUUGCCAAAAUAUUACUUUUUUUAUUGUCUUAGUUUUUACCUUUGUGUUUUUGUUUGUUAGGAAUGUCUAGUGUCACUCAAAAACAGCCUUUAAGGAUAGUGCAAAUUUUCAUGUUCAUUGAAUUCCUUUAUAGGAUUUGCCCGUCUAAGUUAUUUCAAAUCUACACCAUGUAUAACAAUGAUAUUUCCCAGGAACAUUUUAUGCUGCUAUUUUGAAUAUACAGCAUCACAAUAGAAACGGCUAGCGAUUCUACUGAUGUAUAGAGACUCUUCCAUUAGGUGUAGAUAGUUUGCUAUGAGUACGUGUGGGGAAAUAUUGAAAAAUAUACAUUUUUUAAAUCAAUAUUAAGGGAAUUUGUUUAGAAAGCAACACAAGCUUUCCAAGCUUGUCAAAUUUCGAAUGUACCAUUGCACUGAAAUGGGUGGGAGAAAUGGAGGACAGGUGAUAUUAUCAAGUAACGUGAUUGUAGUCUAAUUUUGUAUUGUUGAUCUUCCGAUUCUUGGUCAUCAUAAUUGUCUAAGCAUCCAGAGAUUUUUUAUUUAUUACCAAAAUAAUUGUAAAGUUCAAAAUGCAGAGAUAAUCUGUACAUUAUUUCAAAGAACGUCAGCAAUAUUUUCAUCCUCCAGACUCUAAUGCAUCUUGCAACUUGACAUGUAAAUUAUGCAAAAAGGUACAAUUAGUAGAUACUCUGUCUAUUAACUGCAAAAUUCAUUAAUUUAUAUGCCUACAGGCACAAAAUAUUACUGUUUAGUCUUAAUACACUUAGUUGCCAUCUUUAUAUUCUGUCCAUGCAGACAAAAGAAUGCAAGUUCCAUUAAAACAAGAGACUGAGCUGGAGAAAGACUGAGUGACAUGUUUUUUUAAACUGUGUUGUAUUAUUUUACCCCUUCCACAGAAUUCUAAUAUCUUUACAAUUGUACAUUUCUGUGCACUCUUGAUAUUUUCAUAAUUAAAAACUUGUGACCUUG